AUGACUACCACCGAAGAGCCUAAGCGGACCUACCGCGGCAACUGCCACUGCAAGGCCUUCGUCUACGAGGUCGAACUUCCAGAGAUCAAGUCCGCCAGCGCGUGCAACUGCAGCAUCUGCUCCAAGAAGGGGACCCUAUGGGUCCAACCCAAACGUGACGACUUGCGCUUCGUCAAGGGCGCCGAGGCUGACCUCUCGACGUACAACUUUGGUCCAGGCCAGAUAACCCACAAGGUGAGCCGGGACAAAGAACGCGUGCAAACAAAGAUCCCCUCCACCCAGUUGACCAACCAAUUGUUGUCUGUGGUGUCUGUAAUGCUGACGACUUUCGAUGGCCAAAAGUUCUGUGGAAACUGUGCUACGCCCAUCAUGGCGGAUUCCCCCAAGGGAAUAGUCCUGAAUGUGCGCUCGAUCCAAGACCUCGAUAUUUUCGGAAUGGAGAAGACGACUUACGACGGUCUGUCUUACGGCGCCAAGUACGAAUCUCACGCCCACAAGGGCCCCGAGCCGACGGCCAAGGUCGAAGUGGGGAAGCUCUACACCGGCAGCUGCCACUGUGGCGCUCUGACGGUAGCCGUCGUCAGCAAGCCCAUCGACGAGACGUACGAAGACAGAAUCAUCGAGUGCAACUGCAGCAUCUGCGAAAGAAAUGGAUACGUCUGGGUGUAUCCCAACGCCGACCAAGUCGUACUGACCGGAGACGACGACAAGAUUGGUCGGUACAUCUUUGGCCACCACAUUCUCGCAAAGACGUUUUGCAAGACCUGCGGCGUUUCCAUCACCAACCAGUCCAAUACGCUGACCGACGAAGAGCAGAGUGCUCUGGUGGAACGGGCGCAGUUUUGGUACAAGUGGUCAAAGACGUUGCAUCCCGUCAACGUGCGGGUUCUCGAUGGAGUGGAUCUGAAGAGCCUGAAGGUUCUCCAGGUCGAUGGCAAGACUGAGCAUCAGCCGGGAUACGUGAACCCCUAA